UUUAAGGAAUAUUACUACAAUUAUAACUUUACUUUUCUACCUCUCAUGUACUACAAAAUGUUUUGAUCAUUUAAUCAAAACGUUGCUUUUCCAAAGGAUCACAUAAUUCUGGCAUCAAAAUAUGUAUAGGUCUAUUCACAAGAUCGAGAAAUGGAGAAUAAGAGGUUUAACUGGAUAUUUUCUAAAGAAGAAUUACAGAACACUCCUAGCCGAAAAUGUGGAAUUGAUGCAGAGAAGGAGCUAGCGUAUCGUCAACAAGCAGCUUCAAUGAUUCAGGAUAUGGGGCAAAGACUGCAAGUAAAUCAGCUGUGCAUAAAUACCGCGUUGGUGUACAUGCAUCGAUUCUACAUGUUUCACAGUUUUACCAAGUUUCACAGAAAUAUGAUGGGACCAGCCUGCAUCUUUCUUGCUGCAAAAGUAGAGGAACAGCCUCGCAAGCUUGAACAUGUUCUUAAAGAGCGUCAUCGCUGCUUAUGUAGAGAUGGCCCUAUCUUUGAUAAUAAAUCUGACGCAUAUUUGGAACAAGCACAAGAGCUUGUUGUCUGUGAAAAUAUUCUUCUGCAAACACUUGGAUUUGACAUCACUGUCGAUCAUCCUCAUACACAUGUUGUGAAAACAUGUCAGCUUGUACGUGCAAGCAAGGAUUUUGCACAGACAAGCUACUUUCUUGCAACAAACAGCUUGCAUUUGACAACAAUGUGCCUUCAAUACCCCCCGACAGUUGUGGCUUGUGUUUGCAUCCACCUGGCUUCCAAAUGGGCUGACUAUCAGAUAAACACUUCCAAGGAAGGAAAAGAGUGGUACUGGUACAUUAACAAAACAGUCACCAUGGAACUGCUUGAAGAAUUAGCAAAUGACUUCCUAACAAUUGUGGAUAAAUGUCCAGAGAAGCUUAAGAAGAGCAUUAUGGCUAAAGUUACCAAGCGUGGCAUAUCAGAAAAAGAGGAAGAACAGCCUGCCAAGAAACGUGUUCGUACAGAGGCAUCUGCAACAAUAUCAAGUUCUGCAUCUACCUCCAGCGAAGGCAAAGCAGUCCACUCUACAAAAAUUUCUGAUGAACUGGAUUUGCACUCUUUGCUUUCCAUGAAAGCGCUGGACAUGCAACGAGUUGACAUUUCACCCAUCAGGCAUGGAGUGGCUUUGGCACAAUCUGGCAUGACACAGGGGAACAUGCUGCCAGUAACUGUGGAGCCCACUCAUAUGCAGGCUGUGACCUUCCCCAGUCCUGUUAAUGAGCCAAUCAUGAUGCCUUUACCAGUGGAGAAUGUGAAGCAGGAAAAGGUUGCACCACUGCCAUCUGCCCCUGAAAAGCUUUCACUUCGUGACUACAGACAGCGUAAUGAACAGCGCCCCCCGCCACUUGCAUUACUGCCAGUAAAUGCCACAGAUAAGCAGGAUGUGGCGAAGACGUCACAGCAUGUCAUGCUCAAGGAGGCUAAGGUGUUGGUACAUGACAUGCAGCACUCACAGGGCCAUGACAAGCUGAUUUUCACCACUGCACAACACGCCUACGAUGCCAGUCGCAAACGCCAAAAUUCUGGUUCCCACAGCGACUCCGAAAAGCGCAGGCACCACCACCACUAUCACCACCAUCACCCCCCCUUGCAUGGAGGUCAAGAAGUCAAUCAGAGGGAUGAAACAGAGCAUCGUCAUACCAGAGUUGAAGAAAAUACAGUUGUGGGUGGCAGGGAAUUAGAGGGCAAGUCAUCCCUCAAGGUGCACAUCAAGCGUGAAUCAUCAGGGGCUCAUCAUAUACACCAUUCUUCAUCUUCUCCCUUGAAGCUGAAAAUAAAACGUGAUCCAGAAACAGCUACGAUGCAUGCUGCUAGUGAUGGUGGAAAGGCUGAAAGAGACAGAGAAAAAAAGGAAAGUCUAAAACUGCGUCUGCCCAUAAAUUCCACUGGUCGAGGUGAUAGUGAUAAACACUCCCGCAGUAAGGGACACGAUGUGUCUUCUGCACAGACCCCGCAGAAACUUACCAUCCUCAUGGGUUCUGGCACUGGAAAUGCCAGUAGUUCUGGUGGAGUUGUCGUAUCUAGCACUUUGAACUCUAAUGGACACAGUGAUCGUAAACGCUCUAAACAUUCACGUAGCCAUUCUCAGGUAGUUGAUCAGAGCCUACAUCAUGCCAGUUCCACCAGAUCUUUGGAUUCAUCUCUCAGGCAAUCAUCUUCCUCCACUCUCAUAUCUGCUCCUCCACCACCUCCUCCUGAACCCCUUCCACCUAGUACAUCUUCUAUGAAUCUACCCUAUAUAUCAGCAAUUAGUUCCACUUACCAUCCAGUUUCCCACCACCCACCCUUACAAACCCAGUUUAGUGGAUUUUCACUAAAUGAUAGUUUUCUGGAACACCUGCCAGAGAACAUAUUUGAUACAGAUAACCCUUCAAAUGUUGGUGAUAUGAAUGGUUUGGCAUACGAUGCUCCUCAGACUCCAACCGCAGAGAAUUUCAAGCAGAUAAUGGUGCAGCACAAGUCUCGACACCAUCCCCGUCAUAACUCUUUUCACAUCCCACCUCAUCCGCUCAUGUAUCCUGUAGACAACUGUUACCCUCAAAACCCACCUCUCCCUCCACCCUUACCCCCAGAACCAAACCCACCACCCCCUCCGCCCCCACCACCGUCUCACUGAAGUACUUUGGUCAUCAAGGGAAAGUGUGAGAAAUGUUUUACAUGAAUGACAGUGUUUGCUGGUUUGUGUGAAUAGGUGUCACUUGUCAUUUGUCUUCUUUGACUUCGCCCAUCAUCAUAAAAGAUGUUAAUGCAUCUUUAUUGCAUCAGAAAAGGAAAUAUGUAAAAUAGAGCACCAGAGAUUUUUCAAGUUUCCCGCCUCCCUCCCCAACUGCUGAGUAAUUACCAGAUCUUUUUUUUUUUUUCUUAAGUAGUUUUAUUUUUUCCUUCACUUGUGCUCUUGUGAUGAGUGCAUUAAGGAAGUGGUGCUUACAUUGCUUGCUGCCACUGCAGGCAAGUCAAUGGUGCCUGGAUUUAGUUCAAGUAUGAUUUGUAGCUUUUUUAUAAAAUUGUUCCCUUUGAAAUUUAGGUUGUGUCCCAUUUUUUCCCCGCUAUUUCCAUUGCGGGGGAGAAAAAGUUCAUCUCAUGCACAUUUUGAUGACAAAACUCCGGAGAUUUUUGUCUAUUGAACAGUACCUGCUGGUGAAAAAAAGGUUAAUACAUUUCCAGUCUUGAAGGUUUUGUAGUUGUUGGUGUGCUAGAUCUAGAGUAGAUUUUUAGUGGGUUCUAAGGAUAACUUUAAGAUUAUAACUUUUUAAAUAGGAAUAUGACUGAAAUGGUACAAUAUUUUAAGAUGUUGAAGUAUGUAUGUCCUUAUGACAUAACUAUUAAAAGGUUAUGCUACUGGGUGGCAACAUCACAGGGUCAUUCUCUCCUUAGUUGAACACUCAGCUCCAUCCAUUCAUCACAUUGUUAAAAUGAUUUUGUUGAGGUUAUUUCAGUAAUAGCUCAGUGAUAGAAAUAACCUACUAAGACUACUGCAAACUGAUUCUUUAACGCAUGUUUGCUACCAAGAUGAGAGUCGGGCUUGUUCCCGUAUAUGGUAACACCUGGCCACACUUUGCAUUGUACAAAAGCUUUGUGGUUGUAUGCGUUAACUUGAGCUUUUUCAGACCAGCAAGUGUAAAACUGCCUAUGCCAUUGUGAAUAAGGGAUGUAAAAGGUGUUUUAACUAUGGCUUACUAUUUAUAAAGGCAGAUUUGAAAAGCUAUUUGAACACAAAAGCUUGACAAAAAGUAUGCCCAUUUUUUUUUGUUUUUGUUUGAGCAUUUCUGCCAUCAGAUAGUUGGAGUCUGUUCUUGACCAGUGCUAGUUUGCUAAGUCGUUCUUCAAGAAAGAAUGCUCAAGUUCAGUUUGCCUUAUGUUCUUGCACUUGGCUGUGUGAUCAUCUACCUUCACCCAGGGGGUUAAAAAAAACUUAAAUGUGAAAACAAUAUUGAGUUCAUUACAAGAUGAUCCUCAAAUGCUCCAUUUUCAAGCUACAUUUAAAGUUACAAAGUGGGCUAGGUGUUACACCAAAGGCUUACUAAGGCAUUGCACUAACAGGGCCAGUUUACACUAUUUUAAAAAAAGCCAACCUGCACCAUUAUAUCCCUGAAGUGUGCACCUGGGUAGAACUGGGUAUAUUGGCAAGAUAAAAAAAUUUGAGUGCAGUGACAUUAACCAAAUCAAACAUCACCGCAUAGUAACCUGCUGCAGGUGCUAACAUGGUGUUUGGAUUUUGGAUUUGCAUUCAUAUUUAGGAUGCCUUUUGGUUUGACUUGUAGCAACAUACCAUUGCUAUAUGCUGACAAACAAGGGAUAAACUAGUUCAGCAGUUUUAAGCUUUUUUUAAAAAAAAAAAAAAAAAAACAUGCUGGAAUGGUUAAUUCCAAAAGUUACUUGAACUGUGUUGAUCACCGAGUGAUAAUGUUUCCUUGGCAAGAAGAAAGUUGCCUACUCUGACCUCAUAUAUGGUACAGCUUUCAAGAUGGGACGCAUUUCUUUCACUUGGAUUAAUAGGGCGGAGAGCUGUCCUUGUUUUUAAUAAUGCUGUGAGUGCUUACGAAUGUAGAUUCCCAGAGUAUCUCGAAAUUUGAAGAAAAUAUAUAACUAUCAGAAAAAAAUGCACAGUACCAGAAUGCAGCAAGAGGGUUUUUUUUUUUUUUUGUAUUGGAAGGACUUUUUCCUCGCCAUGUCUUUGUGUUCUCAGUUUCUCUGUGAUUUUUAAGCACACUUGUAAAUCUUUUGAAGUGUUGGCAGUAACAGUGUUAUACAGUAUGUGCACUACUGACGAGCAAGUGUUUUUGGUUAAGUGUUGUAUAUACAACUGAUGAGCAAGUGUUUGUGGUUAACUGUGUGUACAACUGAUUAACGAAUGCAUAUGGUUAAAUGUUAUAUAUGUGCAGACAUGGAACCAAGUUGACAGAAAGGUAAGUGAACUAAUACGCUAAUUGUGGACUAUUGAAAAAUGUUUAAAAUGAUUCCUUAUGGCAAAAUAAAGAGAAAUUGAAUUUUUUAAAAAGAAAAA